CCUCCCCCGACCGGAGAGGAGCCUCACCGCCGGCGCCCAUGGCGACACGCUACUUGAUCGUGUCGCUGCCCGUGCAGUCGCCCGGCGCCACCGCCAGCUCCCUGUGGUCGCGCCUCCAGGACUCCAUCUCCCGCCACUCCUUCGACACCCCGCUCUACCGCUUCAACGUCCCGGAUCUCCGCGUCGGCACCCUCGACUCGCUCCUCGCGCUCAGUGACGACCUCGUCAAGUCCAAUGUCUUCGUGGAGGGCGUGUCACACAAGAUCCGGAGGCAGAUCGAGGACCUCGAGCGCGCCGGAGGGGUCGAGACCGGGACCCUCACCGUCGACGGCGUCCCCGUCGACACCUACCUCACUAGGUUCGUGUGGGAUGAGGGCAAGUACCCCACAAUGUCCCCUCUCAAGGAGAUCGUCGGCAGCAUACAGUCACAGGUUGCCAAGAUCGAGGAUGACAUGAAGGUUCGAGCAUCGGAAUAUAAUAAUGUAAGGAGCCAGCUUAGUGCGAUCAACAGGAAGCAAAGUGGGAGCUUAGCGGUUCGUGAUCUUUCCAAUCUGGUAAAACCGGAGGAUAUGAUCACCUCGGAACAUCUCGUGACACUUCUUGCAAUUGUUCCCAAGUACUCCCAAAAAGACUGGUUGUCAAGCUAUGAGAAAAUUGACACAUUCGUGGUACCUAGGUCAUCUAAAAAGCUCUAUGAAGACAAUGAAUAUGCUCUCUACACUGUAACACUGUUUGCUAAGGUUGUUGACAAUUUUAAGGUCCGUGCUCGCGAGAAGGGUUUUCAGGUCCGUGAUUUUGAGUACAGUCCUGAAGCACAGGAAAGUCGGAAGCAGGAGAUGGAGAAGCUACUGCAAGACCAAGAAGCCAUGAGGACCACUCUUCUUCAAUGGUGCUAUGCCAGCUACAGCGAGGUAUUCAGUUCCUGGAUGCACUUCUGUGCUGUGCGUGUCUUUGUAGAGAGCAUCCUUAGAUAUGGUCUCCCUCCAUCAUUCCUGUCUGCUGUUCUUGCACCAUCUACAAAGAGCGAGAAGAAAGUAAGGAGCAUCUUAGAGGAGCUCUGCGGCAAUGCCCAUAGUAUUUAUUGGAAAUCCGAAGACGACGUAGGCGUCGCCGGUCUGGGAGGUGAAACAGAGGCGCACCCUUACGUCUCCUUCACCAUAAAUUUUGUCUGAGACCGGCAUGUUCCUGGCCGUCUGCGGCCCAGGCAAUAUUUCGAGCAGAACUGCCAUAAAUUCUUUGUUGAUUUGUCGGUUCAUGUGCUCCUGUAAUUCACAUCACAGAGAGACCAGCCGAUCAAUAAUGUAGUUUCUGAGGACAUGUUUCCCUGCAGUAUUGUACCUUGGGAGCGCAUUGUAAAUGGCCUGGAACAGUUGUCUACUGGAUUUGUUUAUUUAUUUACAAUAAAAGCCAUGUGAAAAUAAGUAACU